AACCUUAAACACAUACACAUAAUAACACACACACACACACACACACAAAUAUGAGGGCCAUGAUAGUUGUUAUUGCAUGGUUUACAAUAGGUUUAUGUUUCAUGGUGAAUAGAGGGGAAUGUAUGAUUUCCAAGAAUUUAUCGAAAGAUAUUCGUAGUGUAAACAUGGUUGGAUCGUAUAUAGGCAUCGUCGUGCCUAACAGUUUUGAGAUGAAUCCGCUUUUACAAUCUUCAAGCUUCGUUGAGAAUCAUAAGCGGCCGUAUCUUGAUAUUUCAGGAAGAAGGUUUCGGAUAGGAACCUUGGAGGAUCAAAGGGUCAUAAUCGUCAUGACUGGAUUAAGCAUGCUAAACGCAGGUAUUACCACACAAGUGUUGUUAAGUCUAUUUAACAUCAAAGGAAUUUUACAUUUUGGUAUCGCUGGAAAUGCAAACGCUGAACUUCAAAUCGGUGAUGUAGCAAUCCCCAAGUUUUGGGCUCAUACAGGCUUGUGGGUAUGGCAGAGAUAUGGAGAAGGACCUGAAAGCGAGUUACCUCUAGAAUCCAACGGGGACUACACAAGAAACAUUGGCUAUUUAAAGUUUUCAGACUACAAUAAUGACACAUUUACACGACACACAGAUAUCAAUGACAACCUUUUAAACAACGUUUGGUAUCAACCUGAAGAAGUAUUCCCAAUCAACGGAUACCCUGAAACCAGACAACAUGCCUUUUGGGUGCCCGUUAACAAAAACUACUUUGCACUUGCUAAGAAACUUGAGGGCAUGAAGUUAGAAAGAUGUGUGAACGGUACAACUUGUUUACCCAGGAUACCAAAAGUGGCAAGAGUUCAGAGAGGCGUGAGUGCGAAUAUGUUUAUAGACAAUGAAGCUUAUAGAAAGUUUCUAAAUACCAAGUUUAAUGUGACCCCAAUUGAUAUGGAGAGUGCCGCAGUUGCCUUGAUUUGCCAUCAACAAAAAAUUCCAUUUAUCGCAAUAAGGGCUCUUUCGGAUUUAGCUGGAGGAGGCUCUGCAGUUUCUAAUGAAGCUUCCACCUUUGCAAUUUUGGCUGCUCAAAAUGCAGUUGUUACAUUGAUUAAAUUUAUGCAGUUAUUGCCCUCAUAA